AUGAAGUCCAUCCUCAUUACCGGCGCGACAGGCAAACAGGGUGGCGCCGUCAUCAAGGCCCUCCUGGCCGAAGACGCCGACAUGGAGAUCCUCGCCGUCACCCGCAAUCCGCACUCCGCAGCCGCCAACAAACUCGCCGAGAAAUCCCCCAAGAUCAAGCUCGUCCAGGGCGACCUCGACGACCCAGCGGGACUCUUCAAAAACGCCCACCAAGUAUCGUCCGGCCCCAUCUGGGGCGUGUACAGCGUGCAGGUACCCAUGGGCAAAGGCCAAACCGUGCAGAAGGAAGAAAGCCAAGGCAAAGCGCUGAUCGACGAGGCACUGGCCCAAAAGGUCCAGCACUUUGUCUACUCCUCCGUCGACCGCGGGGGCGACGCGUCCGUCGACAAUCCCACCAACAUCCCGCACUUCAUCAGCAAGCACCGCAUCGAGCAGCAUCUCUUCGAGCGGACCCGGGACAGCGACAUGUCCUGGACGGUCCUCCGGCCGGUCUUCUUCUUCGACAACCUCACCCCGGACUUCCUGGGUCGGCUCGUCGUGACGGCGUGGGACGCGUAUCUGCAGGGGAAGCCGCUGCAGUGUAUCGCCGUCAGUGACAUCGGGUACUUUGCCGCCCAGGCGUUUCUCAACCCGGCCGAGUACAGGAACCGGUGCUUGUCGUUGGCGGGGGAUGUGCUGACGUAUGAGCGGAUGCAGGAGGUGAUGCGGCGGAAGACGGGGAGGGAGGCGCCGACGACGUUCCGGGUGGUUUGCUAUAUGGUGAUGUGGAUGGUCAAGGAGAUGAGGGUGAUGUUUGAGUGGUUCUAUGCGCAUGGUUACCGGGCUGAUAUUACGAGGUUGAGGGAGAUGCAUCCCGGGUUGAAGGAUUUCGAGGCGUGGUUGGACGAGGAUAGUCCAUUUGUUAAACGUUAG